AUGGACCCUGCCUCAGUGCCCCACCAGGGGGAGCCAGCCACCGCAGUACCAAGCGCUAAUGGCGGAACGUCUGGGGAGCCCAUGGAGGUGGAAUGUCCCAUCUGCUACCAGGAGUACAACCAGUACAACAAAUGUCCCAGGAUGCUGGAGUGUCUCCACGUCUUCUGCACCGAGUGUCUCCAGAAGAUUCAGCUCUGCCCCUGCGAAACCCCGGACCCCCACCGCCUGCUGGCCAUCCCCUGCCCCCUCUGCCGCCACCUUACCUCACUGGAGAGGGGCGACGCCCACUCCCUGCCCUGCAACUCCCGCAUACUGGCAAGUCUGCCUCCCAUGGCCUUCCGGCUGCCCGUGACAAUGGCGGCCCACCUGGGCACGGUCACCCAGAGAAUGAUGCUCUCCCUGGAGCCAGAAAGCCGGGACACUGGGUGCGUCAUCCUGCCCACUGUCAGCCUGCGCGUGCAGCAGAUGAACCCCACGGUGGAGGAGAUAGAAGUCAUCCAACAACAGCGGAAGACCUUCCUCUGCCUGCAGCUGUUGGCACUUGUCUUCUGGGUUGUGUUAGUGGUCACCUGCGUGACAGGUGUGCUGCUGGGGCCAAAUUUCUCUUACCAUUGA